GGUUAAUUAACAUAAGUCGGUUCUAUAAAUCCCGCCUCCACCCCGCCUUUUAUUUUACAUUACCCGACAUUUAAAACCCUAACCAUCAACAUUAUUUCAAUUCGUCAAACUGCCAUUUCUACAUUCCAUUCCUUCAACAAUUCCAAAUUCAUUCAUUCGUUCGUCAGAUUCAUAAUUCGCUCAUUUCCUCCAUUAAUUAUUAAUCUCUCUUCAACUGAUUCUUUUUUGUAAAGAUUAAAUCGAAAAACCAGAAAUAUGCCGGUGAAUCUGACGCGAAAUGCGAUUGCAGCUAUACUUGAUGGCGACAUCAACUUUAAACCUCUGGUUCAGGUUUUGGAUAUUAAACUCAUUAAUUCGAAGUCUAAUCAGGAACGUUAUCGUCUUCUCUUAUCGGAUGGCAGCUCGUCUCACCAAGCCAUGAUUGCAAUUCAGCUCAAUCAUCUUGUUAAGUCUGCCGAUGUUCGUCCAGGUUCCGUUAUUCAAUUGAUUGAAUAUAUCUGUAGCGACGUCCAAAAUCGCAAGAUUAUUGUCAUCAUCAACUUGGAAACCAUCAUACCUGAGUGUGAGAUCAUCGGGAAUCCACCAAUACCCAUUGCAAGUGAAUCUGCCGCAGGAAAUGUAUAUUCAAACAAUAAUGCUGGUAAUAUAGCCAGAGGAAUCAAUGUACAAGUAGCUGCAGCAAGUAAUAGUUACAAUGAGCGCAAUUUCCGACCCACUGUUCAGCCUGCAUACCAGCCACCUCCAAAUUAUAGAAAUCAUGGUUCUGUUGUGAAGAAUGAUGCUCCUGCACGUAUACUUCCAAUUAAUGCACUUAAUCCUUAUCAGGGACGCUGGGCUAUCAAAGCAAGAGUAACAGCUAAAGGCGAUCUUCGGCGUUAUAACAAUGCUAAAGGUGAUGGAAAGGUGUUUUCGUUUGAUCUCCUUGAUUCAGAUGGUGGAGAGAUUCGCGUUACAUGCUUUAAUGCUGUUGUUGACCGCUUUUAUGAUGUGAUUGAGGUUUCAAAGGUUUAUAUGAUCUCAAAGGGUACCUUAAAGCCUGCACAGAGGAAUUUCAACCAUUUGAAAAACGAGUGGGAGAUUUUUCUGGAAUCAACUUCUACUGUUGACCUUUGCCCAGAUGAAGAUGUUUCGAUACCCAGGCAGCAGUUCAGCUUCCGACCUAUCAGCGAAAUUGAGAGUGCUGAAAACAAUUCCAUUUUAGAUAUGAUUGGUAUUGUAAUAGCAGUUAAUCCUUCAGUUCCCAUAUUGAGGAAGAAUGGGAUGGAAACACAGAGAAGGAUUAUAAAUCUGAAAGAUAUGUCUGGCAGAAGCAUUGAGCUAACCCUAUGGGGUGAUUUCUGCAACCGGGAAGGUCAGGACCUGCAAGAGAUGUUUGAGUCAGGGUACUUUCCUGUCAUUGCUGUAAAGGCUGCAAAGGUCAAUGAUUUUAGUGGGAAAUCCGUUGGUACGAUUUCUUCAACUCAGCUCUUUGUCAAUCCCGAUAUUCCCGAAGCUCACAAAUUGACUGAGUGGUUUCAGCGAGGGGGAAAGGAUUGUGCUGCUCAGUCUAUCUCAAAAGAUGUUAUGCCUCUCGGUGGAAAGAAUGAGAGACGCAAAACUAUUUCCCAGAUCAAGGAUGAGGGUCUUGGGAGGUCUGAGAAACCAGACUGGGUUACUGUCAAGGCUACUAUCGCUUUUAUCAAAACAGAUAAUUUCUGUUACACUGCAUGCCCCUUGAUGAUUGGAGACAGACGGUGCAAUAAAAAAGUCACAAAGUCGGGUAAUGCAAGAUGGGUCUGUGAUCGGUGCAAUCAAGAAUUUGAAGAGUGUGAUUAUCGCUACUUGCUUCAAGCACAGAUUCAGGAUCAUUCGGGAGUGGUUUGGGUAACCGCAUUUCAAGAAACUGGGGAAGAGAUCUUGGGCUGUCCAGCUAAUGAGCUGUACAAGUUAAAAUCUGAAGAGCAAGAUGACAGAUUUGCUGAGAUAAUUCGUAGCAAGAUCUUUGUUCCAUUCCUUUUCAAGCUAAAAAUAAAAGAGGAAACUUAUGGUGAAGAGCAGAGAGUAAAGACAACUGUUGUGAGAGCGGAUAAAAUAGACUAUGUGGCUGAGAGUAGGCAUUUGCUGGAUACAAUCACAAAGCACCGUAAGCGUUGAAUGCUUACUAGAAGGGUUCUGAUAUUGGCUAGUGAAAUUUAUCACAUGGGUAUAUUACAGUAUAUGUUAUGUAAGAGAUUAAAUUUACCUGCGCGUAAUAUUAAGAAACGCGUGCCGACAGGGAAUCAUUUUACAUUGGUCAAUGAAGGCAUCAGUACGCAUGCUUGUAGAUGUUGAUGUGGUUUCAAAAUUCACAGUUUCUCUUUUCCAUUUUUACUGGUCUAUUGAAGCAAAAGACUAGGAUUUUCAUUAUUCUUUAUUGCUGUCUGAAAAAGCCUCAAUUUAGCUUAGUGCUGUUUGUAUGUAUGACUCUUGCCAAGGUUUUGCCACAACAAUGUGGCCUACUCGUAUUAUGUAUGGUAAAUUUUUUCUAUACCGGAGAUGUAAUGAGCCGAGUAGCUCAGCGGACUUUGUUAAUUUUAAAUUAGUGCAUAAUUGGUCAGGUCUAGUUGGUUCAAUAUCAGCUCACCUAUAGGGCACAACAUU